AGCCGUGAGCUUUGAUUUGUGGUUUUGGAGUAUGACCAAGGUUAUAAGAGGGUCCCGCACAAACGCGCACACACAAAGCAAAAUGGCGUUUGGAGAGGAGAUUAGCGACCAAGAUAAUUCCAGGCAAUUUUUCCAAAAAGAAUCCGGUAUCGAAAGAGUUUUGGACACUUGUGUUAAAAAGGAUGGUUGUCGUUACUAUAAAAUUCGCUGGAAGGAUACUUGGGAGCGUGAGGAUUGCUUGGUUGCCUGUGAAAGAAUUAUUGAAGAGUUCUGGUUUAAAGUCACACUGGAAAGUAUCACUGAAAAAGAUCCCCACAUAUGAUGAAUAAAAAUUUAGUGUUCCAAUAAAAUAUCUAUACUUACUUUUCUCAAUUAUUUAAGGUAAAAAAUAUUGACCAUGCAAAACAAAUGAAUGGAUACAUUAGUCAGAAUGGAGAAGCAGAGCAAAAAAGAGACUUUUUAAAGUCGCCUUCUCCACCAGUUUCUUCUGGAAGGCGUAAGGGAAAGCCUAAAAAGUUAGUUAACCAUGUCACUUCACCGAGUCAUUAUUCUGUGAACACACAAAGUGAUGACGUCAAUGGCCACUCCUCUUCUGGCGAUGAAAGAGAAAACUUAAGUGUUCAUAUUCCAAGUAGUGAUAUUGCAUCACGAAGGAGUACAGUUGAAGAGUAUCCAGUUAUGAUAAUCCAGGAGAAUAGUGAUAAUGUUGUAAAUGGUGAAGAGGGGGAGCCUCUUGUUGCUUUACAGGCUGAGGGUUUGCAGGCAAACUCUCCAACCAGACCAAACGAUUCUGCAAACACUGAUGCUUCUGUCGGACUGCAAAGAAAACGAAGACAUUAUUCAAAUGAUGUGCUCCGAAUUUCAAAUAUACAUUCUAUGACGAUGGCAAAGGAUACAGAACGGAAAAAUGAUGCAUGUUUUUCUCAUAAAGUAAUAAAAUCUGAAGAGAGCAACUAUACUCCAUCAUCCAGCAUAUCACCUAUUUUUUUAAGCAAAAAACAUGUCUUACCUCCGUUAGUAUCUUCUCAAAAUAGCUAUUCAGUCAUUAAGCCUGGGAUGAGAUACGCAGUUGCUGAAGGUACUUCUACUGCUUAUGGUGACAGACUGUCACAUGGUCGCGUCCACUAUAUACUAACAGAUUCUAGAAGUGGCAGCCAUUUAGAAAAAAGAACUUCACCUAUAGAUGAAGAGUCUAUCAAGUUGUCACCUGAAGUAAAGUCCGAGCCUUCAAAACUUCUUCUGAAAGUCACCUCAAGUGCAACUGUUGACUCGCAUUCACACUUGACUUCUCAUCGCUUUCCAGUUUACCAGAAUGCUCCUGCUGCAGUGCAGAAAAUAAAACCUCGUCCAAAAGAAGUAGCUAAACCAAAAGCUAAUGAUAAUGAACAUCGGCCGCAAUGUUCCGAGUGUUUUCAAACUUUUAAGAAGCGAGCUGCAUUAGAAAGACACAUGAUGAUACACAGAGGUAUCAAACCGUUUCAAUGUCAUUUUUGCAAUCAGCGGUUCCGACAGAAGCAUCAUUUGCAGGGACAUAUUAUGUUGCAUACCGGUGAGCGUCCGCAUUCUUGCACGUUGUGCAAUAAGAGGUUUCGAAUGCGCCAUCAUUUGUUGGAACACGAGAGAAUCUCUCACAAAGUGUUUCGUUGAGUUUGGUUCUUUGUUUUCAAAGGUCUAUAUUUUGGAAUGUUAGGAAAUGAUAACUAUUAUUAAAUUAUGCUUUAUCUGAUUUUUUAAAUUUCUAUGACAACUUUUCGAAAUCAUUGUAGAUUCAAUCUGAUAUUAUUUAUUUUAACGCGCUUUUUUGUGACCAAAGGCGAUAUAUAUAUUUUUUUAUCCAAUUGACGCACAGUUAUUAUAUAUUAGAUGACACUUAUACUCUGCCUCGGCUUUUUGACUUCUAUUUUUUUUUUUGACUUAUUUUAUUUUGACCAAUGUGUAUAAAUUGACCUGCUCUUAUAGCAUUUUUGACUUGCUCUCAUAGCAAUUAUUUUGACCCUUAUGACCUUUAUAUGACUAUAAUUUUUAUUCAUUCCAUUUUUUGGGAUUUAUUGCGUGGUGUUUCCACGUUGUUUUUGAUGUUGAUAUGACGAUUUUCUUCUAUUUAUAUUUUCAAACUUUUUUAUAUUAGCAGGACCGUAAACAUCUUGGUUCUGGAGAAGGGAAGGGAAAAAAAAUUGUCGGGCGUGGUUAAUAUAUAAAAGACUUGUGCAGAGGAUGCGUUUUUUGCCAAGUUUCCUUUGACCUCGUACAGUGGUAAGUUGCCAACUACUCCAUUGACAACCCCAGCCACUUACCCACCCAAUAAAACAACUAAGUGCAUGUUACGACACUUUAAAAUGUUAAGCAACGAGUUUCAUUUUUUGCUAGUACCAUUUCUUCGCUAAAUAACGCGAAUUAAGUUUUUCCCCUCUCUUGUAACCAGCCCAAUAAGAGACGGGUGUAAUUAUGAACUUAAUGUGAUUUUCGAAAUACAGAUUAUUUUUCUAUUCGAUGUUUAGUUUUGUGAAUACAAUAAUUUUUCCAAAUUAUAUUUUUUCAUAUUUAUUUAUUUGAUUAUUAGUUAAUUAUUAUGGUUAAUAUAAUGGGGUUUUUUAACCCAAAAUCAUAUUCUCAAAAGUAACCUUGAAACGCAAUGUAAUAAUUACACAGCUUCAAGCCCUAUUGUUUGUAAAGUUUAAAUAAAAUGUUGUGGUCAAACUCUGACAGUUUUUUGUUUUUUGACUUAUAUAUAUAUUUGUUACAAUAGAAUAUAGUUGACGUUAGAUGAGAUAUAUUUAAAAUCAGUUUUUAAAAUAAGACGAAUGUUUAUUUUUUUUAUUUAUUUCUUUUUAAUUUAGUUGAUUUAUGUUUUCGUUGAAAAUACCAUAUAAUGGAUUUUGUAUUGUAUAGACUUCUUAUUUUACAAGAGGAUCAAAAUUUUCAUGCUGUGUUUACAUGAGAACAGACCUCCUUGUGUUUUGGUUACGUUAUUAAAAGCGCCUGUCAUCAAUGAAGGUAUUCCAGAAUUCUUGAGUAAAUAUUGUGGUAGUUUUAACCAUUGCGUACUUGUUAAACACACUGAACAAAUCCGAUUAUUUAAAUGACACAUGCUUUACAUCAAUUCGUUCCCAGGCCUAUUGAUUAUUUCCAAUAAUUCGUUCCCAGGACUCAUGCCAGCUAAUGGUGAUGGUUUAUAUUUUUUAAUUAAAGUUCUUGUACAUUUUUACAAUUUUGAAGAAAAAAAUGAGGAGCUAAUGAA